UAAUGGGCGGGGUUUUGAUUGAAGAAAAUUAGUGAUAGAAAUUUAAGCCAAUGAAUGCGUCGCAUCUGUCGACAAGGUCCAAUAGUUUUUUCUAGGUAAUCCAAAAAGGCGGUACUUCAAGGUAUCACUUCCGCUGAUUUUCCCUAGUAACCCACAUGGAAACCGAUUUCCCUGUGUUUUGAGUUUAGGCGCCGAUUGCGGCGGUGAGAAAUAUUCUGAGCUACAGGAGGUAUUUUCUUCACCGUGAACCAGCUUUUCGGUUUUUAUAUCACUUUGUAAAGUAGCAGUCACCAUGAAAAUCGAGGAGGUUAAAAGCACAACGAAAACUCAGCGCAUCGCCUCUCACAGUCAUGUCAAAGGACUCGGGCUGGACGAGGCCGGGAAUGCUAAACAGUCAGCAUGUGGUCUAGUGGGCCAGGAGGCUGCAAGAGAGGCUUGUGGCAUCAUUGUUGAGCUUAUCCGUUCAAAGAAGAUGGCAGGAAGGGCAGUGUUGCUGGCAGGGCCGCCCGGUACAGGAAAGACUGCCCUCGCCUUGGCUGUAGCACAGGAGCUGGGAAACAAGGUGCCUUUCUGCCCAAUGGUUGGCAGCGAGGUCUACUCAUCUGAGAUCAAAAAAACAGAAGUACUGAUGGAGAACUUCAGGAGAGCCAUUGGACUGCGUAUCAAAGAAACAAAGGAGGUGUAUGAAGGGGAGGUGACUGAGCUGACCCCCUGUGAGACUGAGAAUCCCAUGGGUGGCUACGGGAAAACCAUCAGCCACGUCAUCAUCGGUCUGAAGACAGGCAAAGGCACGAAGCAGCUCAAGCUGGACCCCAGUAUUUAUGAGAGUCUUCAGAAAGAGCGUGUGGAAGUGGGGGAUGUCAUCUACAUUGAAGCCAACAGUGGAGCUGUUAAGAGACAAGGUCGCUGUGACACAUUUGCUACAGAGUUCGACCUGGAGGCAGAGGAGUAUGUGCCGCUGCCCAAAGGUGAUGUCCACAAAAAGAAGGAGAUCGUCCAAGAUGUCACACUGCAUGACCUGGAUGUUGCAAAUGCCAGACCCCAGGGAGGCCAGGACAUUCUGUCCAUGAUGGGACAGCUGAUGAAGCCCAAAAAGACAGAGAUCACAGAUAAGCUACGUGCUGAGAUCAACAAGGUGGUAAACCGCUACAUCGAUCAAGGCAUAGCUGAGCUCGUACCUGGUGUGCUGUUUGUGGAUGAGGUGCACAUGCUGGACAUCGAAUGCUUCACAUACCUCCAUCGAGCACUUGAGAGCACCAUCGCCCCCAUUGUUGUGUUCGCCUCUAACAGGGGAAACUGUUUAAUCAGGGGGACAGAGGACAUCAGCUCUCCACACGGCAUUCCUCUGGACUUGCUGGACAGAGUCAUGAUAAUCCGCACCAUGUUGUACACACCACAGGAGAUGAAGCAGAUCAUCAAGAUCCGUGCUCAGACUGAGGGGAUCACUAUCAGCGAGGAAGCGCUUACACACCUGGCAGAGAUCGGCACCAAGACCACCCUCAGAUACGCCGUACAGCUGCUGACGCCAGCCAGCCUGCUGGGCCGCGUUCAGGGAAAAGAGACUGUGGAACGAGAGCAGGUAGAGGAAAUCAACGAGUUGUUCUACGACGCCAAGUCUUCUGCCAAAAUCCUCCAAGAUCAACAUCACAAGUUCAUGAAAUAAAAGUGGAUUUCCACUUUUUUUUUCCAUAACUCUCAGGGCUGGUUUUCACAGCCAGCUCUCACAUGGCUUGGUCACUUUGUUUCUUGUUCCAGGCUUUGUUUCUUUGCUUUUUCCCCAUCUUUCCUCUCUGCACCAUGGCUCAUUCUAGUGCUUCUGCGUCAUUUACUGUCGUAGUUUUGUUCUAAUAAAUUUUAAGUUUGAUUAAUUACUUUUUUGUUGAUGAAGAUAAUUUUUUGAAUAAAAAGGAAAAA